AUGUCGAAAAUUAAGAAAUUGACGGGCUCAUUCCGCUAUACGCAGUGGGACCCUUGUUUGAUCACCUCCCAAAUAGUGGCCAUGCAGUCUGUGUUAUAUUGCAGCUUGUGUUUGAUCAUUGCUGUGAUGCAAGACUUGACGGACUCGACGAGGACUUUGGAUCAUAUCUUUGAAUAUCAUGAGAUACAUGUACGUGACAAUGAAGGCAGAUCUGUAAUCUUUGCAUUUGUGUUGAAUGCAAUAAUUGGAGCCUUCGCCCUGUGGACCAUAGUCGGCAGGACCAAACUGUGCUUGGACUUUAGUUGCACAUACCACGGGAUCCAUCUCCUCGCUUGCUGGAUGUACAAUGGCACGUUUCCCACAACAUUCUCAUGGUGGGCACUAUCAGUAUCGUGUGCGUGCAUCACAUGUGUGGGUGGUGAGUUCCUAUGUCUACGAACUGAACUCCAAGCUAUACCACUCAGCAAUAUAGGUGCUAAGGUGGACUUAUGA